AGUGGGUUGAAGGUGUGUCGGCGAUCUGUUGUUUUCGAUCUUUUGGCGGGACUGGGAGACAAGCGCGGUGGUUGUUCGGAGACGCGGAGACGACACCACCCUCCUUGUCAACAAACAGCCGCGGUCCUCCCAAGAUGGUUGCACAAACUGGGGAUUGGUGGUGAUAGAUGAAUUGAUGCGCUGCGCUACCGUGCUGCAGCGAGUUAUCCUUCUUUGGGGAGGCCGGGUUGCUGGAUGGCAAAGCUUUGUUGCCCGCUCGCUGAAAGGGCUUGCAUGUGUGUGCGGACAUAGGCCGCGUAUCAAGGAGGUGGGAGACAAGAAGGAGAAGCGCGCAUUUAUUUGGAGUGUCAUCUGCUCACUUUCUCAAUUGGACGCACACCCUCAGGUUGGGUGACGAUGCUACCUUGCAGCAUCCCCCGGAUGACAUGUUUCUGUGGGAGAAGCGGAGAUCUUAUUCCAGCGACCCCGACAAUAAUAUGAUGGACCCCUCCAGGAUUUUGGGAGUUGAAGGACGGGAAUGAUGACAUUUGGCGAAGAUCAAACUUGAGCGAUAGAAGUGAUGAUGAAAGACCGGGCCUUCGAUCUGGUCCGCUCCUCCCUUGCUCGGUUGCUCUUGCGGUCAACGGCCAGCUUCCCUCAAAACUGGAAAGCGUGGGGUUGGCACCUGCAUCUUGCUUGAAAAUAUAUCGACCAGCCGCGGUGGUGGAGUGGAGAUUAGGUCACACACACAACCUCCAGACUCCCAUAUCCGAUAUCGUCACCACCAAGCCACCUUCAUUGUGUCGUUUGCGAUAUCCGCAUUGACGUUGAUAUCUUUUAUUGUCGUUUCUUUUUGUACCGUUGGUGGAGUUGGUUGAUCUGGACUGUUCAACGAACCCCUGGACAGCGCGGCCACCCAGCGAUACCAAAGCAGGUAUAGCGCUGACUGGGGCUCGCGCUGCGCAAAAGCCACGCGAUGGCCUGGUUGUCUGUCUUCCCUUGCUUCGAGUAUAGGUACUCUGUAUCUACACAGCGCACAGGGUGUUACAACCGAGUGCAAUUCACCAAAGGGAACAUUGCACAAGCGAGCCCCCCUAAUAUCGCGGCCGGCGAUUUCAGGGAUUCCUUCCAGAAGCUGCAAUGGAUAUAGAUGAAGCUGCCCGCAAAAGGGCAUGAAAGAGGGCGGCACAGGGCAUCGCCGAAGGGAUUCUACAACAAUGCGCCCAAUUCCAGCCUCAAGCACUCGGCAGCCGCUUCCGCGAUGAGUUGUCCAACACCCACCUCGAGGUGCAGAUGGAUGCAGGCACGCGCCGGAAUACAACUUGCCCCUCCUGCCUGACUGUGACUGUUCUGGAACCGGCCAGCAGUUCAUCGCAUCUCUAUUCCUUUCUUUUUCGACCAACCAUACUUGAGCCUCUCUUCUGUCUGAUCUUGGUCGGGCAUCGGGGUGAACAUCUACAACACAACCUAUCAAACUCACGGACUCUUCACCAGCCGUUGCAAGGGUUCGAGGGACCCCGGCAAAGCCCAAAUCAAGACAAGACCCACCGCCUCCGUUCUCCACCGCAGCGGCCCCAAGCGCAACCCCCCCUCACCAUCCCCCUCCCCUCCAUCACCGUCGCAUCAAGUCUGCGAUCCUUGCUCUUGCAGCAGCGCCGCCGCCGGGCAACCUGGAGCAGUCAAGAAUCCGCCGCGCGCAGCAUUAAAUAUCCGCCCACUGCCCACUGCCCAGUGGCGCGCUGCCUGCGGAAGAGUGAUGGGGCGACGUGCUUCUGUCCAACUGUUUACACUGGCCUGCACCACCCUCUGCAGCUCCGCGUCGACCCGGUGGGCCAGGCAGGUUAUAGGUUGUUGAUAGCUCUCUGUCCUUGGUCCUCUUGCCUUCAGCCGGCACCGCUUCCCCCCCGUCUCACAGCAGCAACAGAGGAGGAGCCGCAUUGCUGGCCAUGUGGAACUUGUAACGGUGAGACGUUGGAAGAAGGAAACUGUGCGUCGGGACCCAGGAUUAUCCUCCGCAAGGCACUCUGGAACCGGCGAAUCACGACUCACUCCUCGCCAUCAACACCUGUUUUGUGCCCAGAUGGCUGUGACAGUCGAAGCCCAUAUCUGCUCACUCUAACCCAAUUUCUUCAUCCGACCCCUCCCUCUUUUCCCAAAAGCCUGUCGUUACCGUUAUCGAAAAAAGGGGAAAAAAAAAAAAAAGGUCCGUUGUAGACAACGCCGAUCAAUAUGCCGAGCAUAUUCGGAAGGUCUGGCUCCAGCACUCCGGCCGGGGCCCGUGCCAAGACCGGGAAGUCGAUCCGGGGUGCCAUCAUCUCGGCCCCGAUCCCGAUACCCAGCACUGUCGAUGAUGACGAGUUCCCCAUGCGCAAACCCGGAUCUGCAAAGGCAUCGACAGUCACCGACGAAGAGUUUCCGAUUAGAAGACCGGGAACAGGAAUUGCCACGCCUUUACCCCUGGCUGAUGAGCAUUCGCCAUCACUGGACGGGAAGCACGAGCGCGACCAUGAAAAGGGAAGCGGAGACGAGAGGGAUCUUCCAGACGAGGUGGUUCCCGUAUCCUCCAUGUUGGGCGGCGCUGUCGACAAGGAGACUGGCGAGAUCAUUCCCGAAGCGCCGUCAGAUCCACCACCUGGGCCUCCGUCUCGCUUGAGUACUCCGGCCGGGGCGCCGCCGGCACCACGAACUGCGUCCACAACGCCACCAAAUCGCACCUCACCGCGAGGACCUUCGCCGCAAGGGAUUUCGCCAUCUAGAGUGUCACCGCCGAGGGCAUCACCACCAGCAAGAAGAGCAACACAGCCAGCAAUCAGCACGCAGCUCAGGUACUCGACCAUCAGUGAUGCGCCUAGCAAAAACACCACUCAAAGCACUGUGCCGCAGCGGAAGAAAUCUACGCUGCGGUCGGCUUUGGGAAAGCUAUUCGGCCGUGGCAAGAAGAAGCAAAAUGUUCAGGACACCAGCCCUACGCCGAUCCCGGAAGUUGAGCCUGUCAGCUCGAUACAGCAUAGAAGUGAUCCAACUGCACUCGGCAGGCCAAAUCACCCACCAGCAAAGCGCUCAGCUUCACUUCCCAUCAGCGAGUUCGACCGGCCCCUGAGGUCUCAUUCUAUCGGCCCUGACGACAUCAUGGCCAUUGAGAGCGCACGAAACUCGAUGCAGUUGGCAGGAGAGGGUGGUUCAUCUGUUGCAAACCCGAAUAAUCGUCGCAGAGCUGCAACGACGACCAGUCGGAUGAUGUUCCAGCAGCGUUUGCGCAACCCAGAAUGGGGAGCCGGUCUAUCACCACGACCUGCGAGUGCUCAAGGACGGGGUGGAAGUAGCAAGGAGGAAAACCACGCCGUUACGCACGAUCCGGAUGAAAUUGGGCGUGCCAUCACCAGUGAUAACGGCCACGGUCUGCGGCGGCGGUCUAGGAGCUUGUCUGGUCUUCAGGACUUUGCCAAUGCCCGACCUGUGACGGCCCGGAGACGAAGUGAUGAGAUGCGUUUCUGGCGGCAGUCAUACGACCCAACCGGUCUCAUGUCACCAUUAUCAUCCAAUGCCCCUGACAUUGACGACACAGGCGUGGUGGAUGUCAGCGCUCCAGACAGCCCAGCAGUCGAAGUGCCACCAAAAACACCGCCGCAGCCCUUCAAUUUUGGUCUGCUGUCCAAAGACAUGCUCGGCAUGAAGAUAACCCAUGCUGCCAACUUGGACACCCGAGUCGGAAACCUCGAGUCACGAACUCGCAAGCUGGAGAGGGUAGUCACCCAGCUCUGUCACGCCGUCCCCGGAUUCAGAGGUCCCCUAGGCGAUACCACUCCCACUCCUGCAACGUCACAAAACGAACCCUUCCCAGUCCAAAAGAAGGUCUCGGUCCAGCAACCCCAAUUCGGCUUUUCCACCUCGACGCCUCCACCAACGAUACCAGCCAUCUACAAUCCCAUUCCCCCAACGCCCGUCCAACCAAGCAGCAGCUCCCGCAAGUCACUAGAAACCGAAGACAGGGACACUCACUCCCUUUUAUCCUUUGGCGAAGCACCCACCUUUAUCGGCUCCCUCCACCCGCCGUCCUCGUCGGCAACCCAAGCCGCCCCACCACCACCACCACCACCACUACCACCAACCCCCAUCCCUUCCCGACCAACAGAAGAAACCGUUACGCAACUCAAAGCCGAACUAGCAUCUGAGCGCGCCGCCCGCCAAGACCUCGAGUCUCAAGUGAGGAAACUUUCCGAACGGCUGAAUACCCUGUCUUCGACUGUCUUCGCCAUGGUGCGCAGCCCGUCCGAGUCACGGUCUCAGGAGCGGCUGAUUGCGCCGGCUGCGUCGAGUAGUAGUUUGAGUACUGGGUCUCCGUUGCUGUUGCCGAAUAGUCUGAAGGGGACGACGACGACAAGGGCAAAGUCGCACGUUCCUGCUGUUACGCAGCAGGGGCAGGAGCAGUUGAGUGUUUUUGAUGAUGAUGAUGAUGAGGAGGAGGAGGAGGAGGAGGAGGAGGAAAAGGACUUUCAGACUCCGAUGGAGGUGGUCAAGUACGGGGCUUUUGGGGAGGAGUUGAAGGAUCAUGGGGUUGUUGGGGAAGAAGGGGGGGAUGAAGAUGGGGGUGGGGGUGGGGGCGGGGGAGGGGAGGAGAAUAAGAGGAGGAAGGCGGCGAGGACGUUGAGUUUGAGUCAGUUGACUUUGGGGAGGGGAGGGGGGAGGGGGCAGGUUUGAUAGGGCACCAUGAGCGACAUACGACGGCGGCACGACGAUUGUUGAGUCAUUUCUCGAGGACAUUUUGUUUACAUACCAUCUACACCCUUCUCUGCAUUUUGGCAUAGCUGGCGGGCAUUUCUUUCUUUCUUUUUCUUCGCAGUGUGUUAUUGUUUAAGGCAUAUAUAUCAUCUUAUAUCUUUCUUACCGGGCGUGUUUUUGCUGUCAUGGGGUUGGGGGAAGUUAAUACUGGGUAUCAAAGAAAGAGGUUUUGUAGUUUUUUUUUUUUUUUUUUUUUUGCGUUGGGAGGAUGUCUGCGUGUGUUUAUGUAUAACUAGAUACCCCCGUUUCCGGAUUUUGUAUUUAGGAUAGGGACAGAAGAGAGCUUUUCUGGUUGCUUGGGAAUGUUGAAUUGAGG